GAUGCUCUUCUCUUUUAGCUGUAUUUGGUCUGGCCUAACGCACUUCCAUCGACGGGCGUUUGGAGGAAAUUGUUCAGAUUCUUGAAGGUGAGAAAGCAGAGUUCUCGGAGCCUUCCAAAUGCGUCGAUUUCGUAUGCACCGCAGAUGGAGCUUUCCUUCUGCACGUUCAUUUCCUCCUACUACUAUAAAUUGAGCGAUUCUGCUCUCUGUGCUUUUGUUUUCGAGGUCGAAAAUGGUGGACAAGAGGGAAGUGAUUGCGUGCCAUACCGUUGGAUCGUGGAAGCAGCAGCUCCUCAAGGGAAAACAAUCCAAUAAACUGAUUGUUGUGGACUUCACUGCCGCGUGGUGCGGUCCAUGCCGUGCCAUGGCUCCACUGUUUGCAGAGUUGGCCAAUAAGAUGAGUAGUGUCAUAUUCUUGAAGGUCGAUGUUGAUGAAUUGACUACUGUUGCUGCGGAGUGGGGAGUGAGUGCACUUCCUUGCUUCGUAUUCUUGAAGAAUGGAAAUUUGGUGGACAGGUUUGUAGGUGCAAGAAGAGAUGUGUUGCAGAAGAUUAUAUUACAGCAUGCCUAAUGGAAGUCUAUGCAACUUUUGUGAGUUGCUAUAAAGUGAUUCUUUUAGUUAGAACAAUUUGAAUUUUUCUUGUGUUGGAUUGUUUUUAAUCAGUUUACUAUUAUGAGGCUACCGGACUCGUUAUGUAAUAAGUUAACAUCAUUAUUUUCUUGAAUAAAAAUGAGCAUCAAUUUAUAGUUGCUUUAAACAUUCUCA